CCCCUCCAAUCUAUUAUUCUAACUGCAGUCUUGCUGUGCUAUAAUCCUCUUGCCCUUAAACUCCAUGCUAACCUUCCACCCCCUUCCUCCACCAUGGCCGCCGAAGAACCCCCCUACACCUCUUACGUCCACAUGGAGGAUGGAGAAUCCGAUGAGGAGAGCAGCUCGCAUGCACCGAGGAAUGGCGACAACCAUUCCCACGGAGGCCGCCGCCGCCGCAAGGGGAGCUGGUCGUUGGGCGGCGUGGUUGACCCUCAGUCGCGUUGGGUCCAGGAGUGGAACCGUGCAUUCCUCCUUGUGUGCACAGCAGGGCUCGUCGUCGACCCCCUCUUCUUCUACCCCUUGUCCAUCAGCGGCGCCCGCAUGUGCCUCUUCGUCGACGGCUGGUUUGCGAUCACCGUGACAGCGCUCAGGUGCAUGACUGAUGCUGUGCUCGUCUGGAAUAUGUGGAUGAGGCUCAAGACAUCCUACCGCAUGGGACGGUUGCGUGGCGCGGAGGAAGGUCGGGCUCCCAUGAGCCCUCGGGCAGUAGCACUCGACUACUUGAAAUCCAAGAAGGGCUUCUUUUUCGAUCUCUUCAUCAUUUUCCCGGUGCCUCAGUAUAGCAUGACCAGAGGAAACACCAUUCUCCAAUCAUUCUUGUGGACGGUUCACCCCUGCCUUCAGGCAAACCUCAAGGAAAACAGCACUUACAUCAAGCCUCGGUGA